ACUUUGCUUGCAUUUUGUCAUUCCUCGAAUGAAAGUUCCAACUUGGCAUUCAUUUCUUGUUUUCGACGGUGGAAAAGGAUAUCAAUUUUUCUCUCCACAGCGCGAAAUCUGUCCGGUUUUGUCUGUGAUCGAACGGGACUACUUAAGUCCUGUUUCUCGUUCUGUGUAAUUUGUGCAAUCGUUUAUCUAUUCGUCUAAAGACGUUAUAUAGAGUCAGUGUUGUUCUGAUCGUCAACACCAAAGUGCAAAAAAAAGUCGAAGAGUUCCGUACCAUCGCAACGAAUACGAAGAAUGCUGGAUUUGGUUUAGUGUUUAGUGUUAUUACUUGGCGUUUGACCGGUGCCACGCAUUAAGUCUGGAAGUGUGUCCGGCAAAGACACGACUGGUGACCGGUGUUUCCCGGUUGUGGCAGAAGGAUGGCGGAACAGUUUUCUGCUUCAGCCGCUUUUACGAACAUGAACAACAACACGGACGGGUGGGGUGAUGAUUGGGGCGACUGGAAUGACAACGCCGGUAUGGCAGUGGAUGCGGCAAAGCCUAAACCAAUUCCUAACGUGCAAGCCUCACAGAACGCUCCUGCUAACGCAUACCUCCUACAGCAGCAGCAGCAGCAACAACAUCCUCAACAACAUCUGCAAACACAAUAUCAACCACAGCAAAUGAAUCCGCUCACGCCGGGUGCCACGUAUUUGAGCUGUGGAGCAAACCGAAUGGAUCAACACAAUCACAACUAUUUGUCGAACUUUUCGCAAGGCAACGGUGGAUACCAGCAACAGAUGAUGGCCCCUACCGCGGGUAAUCAAUAUUCUACCACGAAUUAUGCAUCUCCCCAGCCUGGGUACGGACAGACAAAUAAUUUCUUCAACGCACCAUCUCCACACGUGGCACCAUCAUCACAGCGCCCACCUUCGCAUCCGCCAGCUUCGACAACGCCCCAGCUGGUACCGACCUUCAGUCAGACCAUUUCCGAUAGCUUCGACACAACGGCGGGGAACAGCUGGAACUGGACCGUGCCGGAACCAGCAAACCAUGCACAGCAAAGUGUUUCAAAGUUGCAAACGGAUGGAAAUGUCACGCCUAAACAAUCGCAACAAUCUACGGCGCAGCUACCGCCGCAGUACGAGGACUUUCCGCCAGCGGGCAACGUACCGUCAGCAAAUGCUCAAAUACAGCGUCUGAAGGCGGAAACACUUUCACCACAGUGGUCAAUCGAAAGCCAGGUGUCGUCUAGCGAUCGUUCACUGGAGAGUGACCCUAGCGGUGACAAUAGAGGCACAUCUCACCCCGUGCCCACCGGCAUGCCCUCGGAUGAGGAUUUGACCAACGGUGGAAAGGGAUCAUUUAGCAUUGGAAAAACAUCAGGUGUGGAAAAUUCCGAACGCCAACAUACAUCCUACGCUACACCGUUUCCGACAUCUACUGUAACAUCCUCCCUGGAUGGUGUUCCGGAUAAGCUAGAUGAGGUUUUGGAAGCGUUAAGCAUUAAACAAGAAGCAACAGAAAGUGCUGGUGGUCACGCCAACCUUGAGAGCAACUUUCGGGGAGAGCAAACAUUUCCACCGCCACCGCCUUCGAUCGUCGGAACGGCCGCUGCAGGACCGCUCGUGAAUGAAUCGUUAUCGCACGCCUCUAAAUCAUUAUCUACAACACCACCCUUGCCACCACCGCCGAUCGAUAAUGCAACGGUGGCACCUUUGGUAGCUAGUGGAGGACCUCCACCUUCAUCCAUGUCCGGACCGCCAAUGGUUAGUGGACCACCACCGAAAGCAAUGCAAAUUGCCGGCUCAAACCCGUUCAAACGAACCGGACCCCGGUCCCAUACUGCCACGCCGGGAUUGGGCGUCGGAUCGGCGUCUGCAUCGAUUGUACCACCUUCGGCGAAUGCUAGCGGAUCGUUCUUUUAUCAGCAACAGACACAACAGCCGGCAUUACUGCAACCGGCACACGUAGAGGAAGUGCAUGGUAAUAACAUCGAAACAUUGACACCCGAAAAUCAGGAAAUUCUCGUCGAAACGCGCAGCGAACAUGCAAUGGAAAAUCAAGAAAUUGCUCCAAACAACGAUCGAAACCAGUACCUCCAGACGGGCCACCUGUCGGAGGAUGGUUACGGUGCAGAAACACCAUCCGCUAGUGUCAACUCGCGCGCUGCUCUGCAAGCGGUCAGUGGAUCCGAGAUGGAUGCUAAUCACGGUGACGCUAACGAUAGUCGUCUUCCACCGCCGGGUCUGGCUCGAUACGUGCCGGGACAGAACGAACAGGCACCGGAACCGUUUGUCCAAUCGAGCGUGGUUGGACAAAGCUUUCCGGAACCACCACCCGGACUGGACCGAAUGGUGCCCGGGAUGGAUCUGCAGAACGUGUCGGAUCUUUCGCUCGAGCGUCAAGCGGAUGGUGAGGUGUCGGAUAGUACGCCAGCACCGGCCAUUAUGCCAACGGUUGCACUGAGUGCUAGGAACGAUCAUCUGCAUCAUCACCAUAAUCAUCACGGGCACCAUCAUCAUGAGCGACGCGUCGAUAUGAGCGAUCGUAACCUUUAUCGCGUUCCGGGCGAAGAUGACAAUCACAACCAUCACAACCAGCAGCGGGUGGUGCCGGGCGGUGGAUUAGAAAAUGAACGUCCCAUGCCCACAUCCGUAUCCGGGCCGAGCGCUGUUCCGAUACCGGGAACGUCGAACACCUCAGGGGUAAUAAAUACUGUAGCGACGCUUGACAUGCCCGAGGAGCAGCGGGAAUUAGUAAUGGAUGGAGAAAAUCCAGACGAUCAACGGGAAGAUUCGUUGGUGGGAGGAAACGCCGUACCGCUAAUGUCGGCACCCGUUUCUAGCUCAAACGCUGCUGGUGGACCGAUUGCCCUGGAAACGGAAUCGAAUGUUACCGCCGACACGUCACGCCUGGAACCGUCGAACACGUCGACGGCGGACGAAAGCGAUAAGGGUGGGUUUUACGGAGCCGGUGGCAGCUCGAAAGGUGCCGGUCGGCGAGAGGACGACAAUCUUCGACGGUCGAACAAAAGCAAAAGCUCGCGAGAUCGGUACGAUACCGAGGAUAGCGAUUACAGCGAACAUGAGCGACGUCGGCGUGAGCGUGAAACGAGCGUCGGAGUUGCGGGUGGUAGUAGUGCGGCAGCCGACUCCGGCACCCAACGGCACGAACGAUCGCGUCGCACCGGUGGAAUGGCGGGUGAUCGUGAGAAGGAUAAGCGCAAGGAUAAUGGACGCGAUCGCGAUAGGGAUCGGGAACGCGACCGGGAUCGUGAUCGCGAUCGUGAUUAUGACUAUCGCGAUCGUGAUCGUGAAAGAAACAGAUACGACCGCGAACGGGAACGCUAUGGACGCGGUAGUAAGUAUGAUCGCGAAAGUCGCUACGAAACCGACGGUUCAAAGUACGAAACCGAACGAUCGACACGAUACGAUAAAGAAGACAAACGAUACGGUGGUUCUACACGCGACGAUUACUACCGAAAGCGAGACGAACGAGGACCGACGGACGAUGUGCGUGGUGCGGCGGGACGGGACCGCGAUCGGGAUACGCUUGAAAGACGGCAAAGAAAGGAAAAGGAACGGGCCGAACGCUACCGCGGUGAUGAGCGUAGGAAAGAUGAUCGCUACCGGGAAGGUGAGAAACGACGCGAUCGCCACGAUCGGCGCUACGAUCCGGAAGAUUAUCGUGCGGGCAGCAGAAAUGGUACCGAGCGUGAUCGUACCCGGGACAGCCGUGAAAGGGACGAGCGUAAGGAGAAGGAUCGCAAGUAUAUGAGCGCAGCCGGCGGUUACGGUAUGGUAGUUACCGAUCCAACCGGUGCUUACGGUCCAUCAAGCGGGUACUACGAUCCGUACAGCUACUAUGCCCAACAUCAGCAGUAUUACGAACAGCUGCGACGUACGAAUCCGCAAGCGUACGCCGAAUGGUACCGUAGGUAUUACGCGCAGAUACAGGCGAGUCAGAUGCAGCGCGAUCUACUAACUACGGAUGGGCGCGAGUCGGUACAUUCCGGGCGCAGCUCAGCAAACGAUAAGGAACGGUUUAAUCGGACCACACCGUUUAUGCAUCCGCCCGGUGUGUACAAUCCCGAGGAAUACCAUCGCCAUUUCAAUAAUCAAUCGUUACCAUCGGCUGCCGCCACAACCGGUGUGGCCGGUCCGAGUUCGCUGCUCGACCAAACCUAUCUGACCGACGUGUCCGGUCAGCCGUCAUCACUGCCACCGAUGUUCCACCAUCAUGUGCAUGCAUACCAGCAUCAAACGCAGCAACUACACCAGCAACAGCAACAGCGGGCAAACACAUCGUUGGCAAUGGACCGAACGUACCAUAGCGAGGCGGGCGGAUACUUUCAACCAAGAAUCGAUCAAAUUGAUGCGUCUGCUAUUAAAACCGAUCCGGCAACAGAGCUCACGAUGAUGGAACCGGAACGCUUGACACCACGAAAGUUUCCGGAAAUUCAUCCCAUCGUAAGCGUGUCUGCCGGUUUGCUCAUUUCGACCAAAAAUCGACUGACCAUGAACGGAAUGGCAGAUACGGUUAAAAUAUACAGCUUAGGAUACCAUGAUGCUAGUAGAAAACUGUUCCAAACGUACCCGGGACCGCUCGUGAAGGGAGUCACACAUAAAAAGUCCGUCAUUGAAUUCUGUGAGGAGCAGCUGCGCCAAGGACCUCCUUACAGUGGUGCAUUGGCAUUGAUUAAAUCGCGCGGCAAUUCGAUCAACAGCCUUCAUUCGUCUUCACUUGCUGCUGGUGUUAAUCGUAGCUCCUUUGCCCUGCUGUGGAAUUACAUCAUUCUAUUGCUAAGACAAAAUGGCACAUUCGUUGGUACAGAUAUCUCGGAACUGUUGAUGCGUAACAAGGAAGAAUAUCCGUUCGAGUCGAUUCAGGCUAGUGUAGCACGUUCUGCUAAUAUAAGUGGACGCAAUUCGUCGCUAUCCCAGGCAGCUGCAGAACGGGAAGCAGAUGCCCGACAGGAAGGGGACAGUGAGGAAGCGGGCGAUGCUCCGUUGGAUGGUGAUGGGGCACAUGAGGUGUUGAAAGAUUCGCUUGCAGAAGGCGCACCGAAGGCACUGUCUGAGCAAGAGAUUACGGAUAAGUUCCGCAGCUAUCUGCUCUAUGGAAACAUUAGUGAAGCCCUCGAAUGGGCAACCGAGCAUAAUCUCUGGGGCCACGCGCUAUUCCUCGCUUCGAAGGUAGACUCGCGGCAGCAUGCUAACGUGAUGAUGAAGUUUGCCAAUAAGCUGACGUUAAACGAUCCGCUACAAACGUUGUACCAGCUGUUAAGUGGGAGAACUCCGGCCUCUGUUACGAGUGUUUUGGAUGAAAAGUGGGGUGACUGGCGGCCUCAUUUGGCGAUGCUGAUGUCGAACAGUUCCGCCAAGCCGGAGCUGAUCAAAAAGUCGAUCACAACGCUCGGCGAUACGUUGCUUCAUCGGGGCGAUCUGUAUGCAGCACACUUUUGCUACCUCCUGUCCGAUGUGGCCUUUGGUCGGUUUUCUGACGUUAAGCAGGAUGUGACCGUUGGUGGCAAUGGUACCGUCCGGUUGGUGUUACUCGGUGCUGCACACCAGAACCGCAGCUUCCGUGAGGUGUCUACCAACGAGUCGGUUAUGAUGACCGAAAUCUACGAGUACGCACGAUCGCUGAACGAAGAUCGCUAUUCAAUUGCGGAGUUACAGCGUUACAAAUAUCUGCUAGCUUGCCGUAUGCUUGACCAGGGUAUGCAACUGAAAUGUUUGCUCUACAUGGAACAAAUAGCGGACCAAAUACAGUACGAUCCUUACAGCUUUGAUACUGAUUUUGUGCGAAAGGUAUAUACGCUUGGUGAUCGAUUGAAGUAUUACGAUCCGGUUAUGGAAAAGGCGUUGGAUGAAUCAGUAAACAACACCGGGCGCGGUAAUAUCUACGCGAACGUAGAAGAUCCGCAAUGGUUGAAACGAUUGAACGAAAUACUACUCAACAGUUCGUCAAAUGGUGCCUCACAUUACAAUAAGCUUAGCGAUGGUCAAGUGACGUACGAUUACAACAGCUACGGCUAUACUGCGGAUCAAACACAGCCUGUCGUUGCUGCAGAUCAAGAUCGGCAGCAUUCCGUUCCGGAACCGCCAAACGCGUCGGAAUCGAACGAUAUUAACAAACAGUUUAACGAAAUUAGCCAGCAGCUUGGUCAGCUUAAUUUGCAGUACAGCGAACAGCAGCAAACCGAUGGACAGCAGUACCCAUCGUCGCAGCCCACUGUCGCACCGUACGAAUUGAACCCCGCGGUACCGAAUUAUGAUCAGGGCUACGAAUCGAUCAACCAACAAUCGUUGGUGGAUCCAGCGUUCGAUGAAUUGAAGAUGCAUCAAAUGAUGCUUUUCCAGCAGCAGCAGCAACUAAAUCAGUAUAAAAGCUAUGAUGAACAGCAACAGCAAGAACAGCAGCAGCAGCAGCCGCAGGGCGGCACUAGCUUUUUUACACCUGCUCCAGCAAACAAUGAAGCAAUGGGAUCCGGAAUGACGGCACCGUAUGAUGCAGGAUACUGGGGUGCCGCUGGUAACAGUGAGCUACGAUCACAGGAACAGACGUGGCAACAGCAUCAUCAUCAUCAUCAUUACCAACCGGAUGAGGAGGAACACGAUCUGGACGAGGAGGAUGAAGAGCAGAAGGAUUACGAUCGUAGCUCAUUGUCGCCUUCUCCCGCAAUCGAUGCGAUACAGGAGGAAAUGGCUGAACGUGAUUGUAGUGCCGCAUUCGAUUAUCACCGUACAUCGCAACUGCAACGGGAUGCGUGCGCACCGAAACCGACGAUCUCAAUGCCAAAUUCUGUUUCGAAGCGGCCCGGAUUCGGCGAUGAUACCGAUGACGAACGGACGGGCGGACAAGGUGCAAUGGCCGGGAAAGGGGCACCCGGUGGUAAACCACAGCAAACGUCGAAUGUAACCGCUCAGCCGAAGAAAGGCCCCGCUGGCAAGGAUGGAAAAACUGCUGCUGGAACAGCUGGCGCAAGUGCGCAAGGAUCUGGAUGGUUCGGAGGUAUAUGGAACAAGCUAUCGCUAAAGCCGAAAAAUCAGAUGAUACUGCCCGAUGAUAAAAAUCCAAAGAUUGUUUGGGAUGAAGUAACAAAACGAUGGGUAAAUACGGAUGAAAAUGAGACCGAAGCGGAAGCAUACAAACCACCGCCGAAGAUGUCCGAUCUCGUCCCGGCUGGCCCCGCUGCUGUGGGCGUUCCUUCCCAAAUGAGUCCACCGGGUGCUGCUGCAGGACCAGCCGUACCGCAUGCGCCAUUGCAAGAUUCUGGCCCAGCUUAUCAGCAACCAGCGUCCAACGUGAUGGGCGGAAAUGAUGGUAUGGAAAUCCGUUCCUCACAACCAAUCGGUGGUGUUAAUGUGGCUGGUGUAAUGCAAUCGAAUGUUGCCAACGUUAAUGCUGCUGGUCCGGUAGGCGAACCGACGAAAGUGCCCACACUGCAGUCAAACAUGUACAAAAUGCAACGCAACCGAACCCUGAAACGAUCCUACGUUGAUGUGUUCAAUCCAUCCGGUGCGGCUCCGAGCAAACCCACGGAACCUGUACUAGCACCAUCUGUUCCCACGUUGCCUAACGCUCCGGGUGGCUUUUUUGUCCCCGGAGCAGCAGCUCCCAGUACGGCUGGAGCAGAACAGCAACCGGACAAUGCACCUGAGGGAAUGCCACAGUUUUACAACCCUAAUCAAUUUGCUGGUGGACCCGGUGGUUAUCAACAGUAGUAACAAACUGCUUACAGAAACCUCAGUCGAUUAACUCAGGAUGAUGAAGAGAGGCGGCCACGAUACAAUUGCCGGCCCUUCUGCAGAACGGGCGAAAUCCUGUUCAGUUUGUUUUUUGCUGAAGAAUUUAUUGCUUCACCAUCGCAUGGACACCGAGGUUUGCUAACAGAAAAGUAUCAACCAUCAUUCAAAACACAAGUUUAAGUUCCGUAGUGUGCAUCCCUUGUUUUACCUGCGUUUAUGUUAUAUGUAUUUUCAAUGUUUUUGUGUUAUCUUCACCCUUCCCGUGGCUUCCGAUUCUUAUUGCACAUUAUUUUGUGUUUUUUUUGUUUUACUACUUUAAGUUGAUAUCAAUGUUAAAAUGAGACGCGAAGAAGCGAACAACGUAUACAAUUAUCAAAUACGGUCGAUUUGCAAUCAGACGUUCGCAGUUUUUCGGAAAGUAGUUGAAGCGAAAGCUGUACAUGUAUAUUAGCUCUGUAUCGAAUGGGUUUUUUUUUUACAAAAAAAGGUUCCGGUUUUCGUUGCGAAAACACGACUGAACAACUUGAAGCGCAAUAUUCGAAUAUAGGAAGCAGGGUGAAAUAUUAUGUGCAAACAAAUACCAAACCCAGAGCAGCAAACGAUACGUUUGUUGGUUACUUUCGAACCUUUCGUUCGACGAGUUCCUUCCCUGCAUUGGUGGUUUGUGAUGUGUGUUUUUUUUUAAGUUAGGAACCACGACCUAGAAGCGUUCGAUUUCGGUGGUAUAUUGUAAUCUAUUGGUUUGUUAAAGUGUUAAAUUGUUUUAUAUGACGUUAUGUUCCAUGUACGCUCUUCGUUCCAUAUAAUCAAUUAGAGAGAAAACAAUACAUUUUUAGGCUAAGAGCCCCGCUACGCAGUGGAACACUGGAUGACAUUCUUAGUGAGAAUUAUGUUCAAUUUUCUUUUUAAAUUUUGUUGACGGGUAGAAACGAACAGAUUAUUAUUAUGAUUAUCAAAAUAUCCCUUUUGUUACAUAAGUUGAAAAUUUGUAUAUGUUUUAAUGUGAAGUAUCUAAAUAGCAAUGUUUUGCGUACUGGAGAUGGUGCCUGGAUUGAAACAAAAAAAACGAACGAUGCAUACAAUCCUGCAAUAUAGAAGGGGAAAAGUAUCUAUAGUAGUGAGUCCUUGUGAUAUGGUAUAUCGUUUAUUGGGUUUGCUUUUAUACUUACGUUUGCCUGUAUCGAUCCCUCGUUAUUUCGUUACCUUUUUUUAAUUUUUGCUACAUUGUUUGUAUCUCAACUUUUAUCCUAAGUGUACGAUGAAAAGACACGCAAACACUCCUAUACUCGGCGGACAGGUUUAUUUGCAAAUAAAAAGGUUAAACGAACCGAACAGAACUGCAGCAGAAAAGCGCAUAGAAAAACGGGAUAUUAUGAAAUGUAUAAUGUAUUUAGCCCAAUUAUCGAAGAAUAAAUUACACUAUAAAAUAUUAUUACAA